UUGUAAAGCUUUUUUGUGGUCUUUCUAAUUGUUUAUUAAGAUAUUCUAAUUUGGGGCUAAAAUUUUCGGUGGAAUACUCCAUAAUGGGUCUUACGUAUGUUUUGAAUGCUUUUACAUAUGUUUCUAUUGGUAAUGUUUUUGGUAAUAUUCUUAGGAUAUUGUUUAUUCUUAUAAAUGAGGAUUUGGUAAUUUUUGAUAUAUGAUGAUCAAACUUUAGCUUGUUAUCUAUGUAUAUACCUAGAUCUCUUAUGUUAUUAACCUCUUCGAUUUUUUUACCAUUUAUCUCAUAAUUAAACCUAAUUUUAUUGUAUAUUUUUAAAACCUUUACUUUUGCUAUAGAGAAUUUAAGUUGAUUCAUUUCUGACCAUUUACACGCAUUGUCUAUAGCCCCCUGUAACUCUAUACAGUCCUUUUCCGUCUUAAUUUCUGAAUAAAUCUUAAAAUCGUCCGCAUAAAGUUUUACUUUAACAUUUUGUGGAAUAUAUUUUGGAAGGUCAUUUAUAUAAAUUAAGAAAAGUAAUGGACCUAAGACUGUCCCUUGUGGGACUCCUGUUUUUGGGAUAAAUGGUUCGGAAAAAUGUUCUUCUAUUUUUACACUAUGUGAUCGAUUUGAGAGAAAAUUCGCAACCCAUUGAAUUAUUAACCUAUCUAUUUUUAAUUCUUGCAUUUUUCUAAUAAGUAUUUCGUGGUUUACUUUAUCAAAGGCUUUCUCAAAGUCAAAAUAUAUAACAUCUGUACCUAUUUUCCUGUCAAGUGAACUAUACCAGUCUUGCAUCGAUGAUAAGAUUUGAAUUGUACAAGAGCUUUUCGGUAAAAAUCCAAAUUGCUCUUCUGCGAUUAAUUUUUGUUUGUUAAGGUGUUCUAAGAUAUUAUUUGCUAUAAUACGCUCAAAAACUCUACAAGUCGGGGAUGUUAAAGCAAUUGGUCUGUAAUUUUUUGGGUCGUUUACCGAACCCUUCUUUUUAAAUAUCGGUAGAAUGUGGGCUGUUUUCCAUAAUUCAGGGACUAUUCCUGUUUUAAAUGUAUUUUUAUAUAAAAUUGAGAGAGGGAGAGCUAAGGGGGUAGCACAUUUUUUUAGAAAAUAUUGGUUGAUAUUCUCAGGACUAUGGGAUAAUUUAUUUGGGAGCUUUUUUAAUAGUUUUUCUAUUAUAUAUGGUUCAAAAGUGAUUUCUUCCUGAUAUUCGUCCUCAGCUACGAGGCUUGCUUGUAUAUUGUUUUUACCUCCACUAACUAUUUCUUCAAAAAUAUUUCUAAAUUUAUUUGCUUUGUCUGUGUCGGAUAUUAUGGGGUCGCCUUCCUCAGAUUCCUUAAGUAUAGGUAUACCAGAGAAGUUAAAUCGAUUUCUUUUCAUUAAUUUAUGUAUUUCCCCUAUGUGUC